AAUACAUUCACCAAGGGUCACACUAACAUUUAAACUCUCACAAAAAUUAAGUGAUUAUUUCUUAAUGUAAAUAAUUAUUUAUAUGGAAAUAAGGUUUGAUAAUGUGUUCAUCAAGGACAUUUCAAGUACUGUGUGAUUCUAGUUAUCAGAAGAAACAUGGGUGAGUUAGUUCGUCGCCUUGACUACGAACGGCGUUCUCGCCAGAGGUCCCUACUGAACAACACACUCGGGGGUCAGAGGAUCAAAAAGGAGUACAGCAACACAGUGCGAGCCGCGAACGCCAUAGAGGAGAGGCGAGGGGAUCUCCAGGUAGAGAACUUAGAGAGGCACCGGCGACUCUUUCUCGACCGGUAUGCGUAUGAAAAGAAAGUCAUGUCAAAGUUUAAAAGUGAGCUGGACUCUAAGACGCGUGAUUUUAAUGAAGAAAAAUAUCAGCAGCUGCGACGCGCUAGUUCCGCUAAAGGGAGAUUACAGAGUACCAGUCAAGAUACGGACAUAGGAACUGUUUCGGAGUUAGUUCCCCGUCAUUUGUAUCGCCGCAAAUCCGCAGCUGCCGUUACGUUUUCAUUUUCAGAGGACAUAGGUGAAAAUAAAGAAGCAAAUGAAGACGAGAAAUUGGAACAGCAAGUUACUUUUAAUCUAAAUGAAGUCUUUGAAGAGAAACUAGAAGCACUGGCCGGUCAAAACUGUAUAAACUGGUCGACUGUUUGGAAGCGUUCCGAUAUAUCCAGCAGACUACAAAGAAGGUUGUCCUAUGCCACAUUUAUUGCAGACGCUGAAAACCCCAUCAACAUUGCAAAUAAUAUGCGACAGCAAUCGGAGCAAACUGGCGUCCACACCGCGUACAUUCCUCCCGACAUUUCAUCAAUCAAGAAAAGCCGGACACCUUCAACUAUUCAGAAAAGCUCGGUUAUUCCUCUUCGACCAAAGAGUGCUACGCAGGCAAAUAUUUACAAACAGCCGAUUCUGAACAAAAGCUCAUAUCGCCCGUCGCAAUCGGCCAGUAAGGUGCGUGCUCGGAGCUCGACCAAUUGUAACCCAAUGUCCCGCCGGGGCUCCGUCUCCAGCCUCGCUUCCUCCUGCUCUCAAGCCGGAAGCUCUUCCGGCGAAGAAUUAGAGAACAAGUCGAGAUCGUUUAGACAUUUAAGAGAGGCCUUUAAAAAGGUCAAAGUUGAGAAGCCUGAUGCUAAGUUGAACAAGUUGACUUUGGUGAAACUUAAUCACCUUCACAAAAUCGAGCAUUUACACGAGUCGACACUGAAACGCUUUGAAGAAUUGUUUACAGAAGAUCUCUUUGAUCUGGAUUAUGCGAAGUUGUGUACGUAGCCUUAAAAUGGCUAGUUAGAUCGUUUAACACAUUUAUGCCUAGUGGACUCUCCCAUCCUUCUAAAUUGGAUCAAUUUAUUUCCAAAAUUAGGGAUGUCUAGUAUAUUUAUUUCUAUAUAAUUUUGAAUAU